GCCGCACCGGCAGCGGAUGGCGCUAGUGUCGCAAACGUCACGUGCUAACGGAACGUCGGGGGCGACGCGUCGUUCGAGCUGGCACUCAGAAUUCGGCUGGCGCGAAGUGAACACGCCUUAUCGCGACGGAUCGUUUGUUUCGUUAUUGAUUUUUCUUAAUUUAAAUUCAGAAUUGUGUUAACGAAAUUAAACUAAACAUCUUGAUUGCCGAUCUGUGUUUUAGUUAGUUCCGAGUCAAAAUAACGCCUCUGAUAGUUAAUUUCCCGACAUCAGAAGUGUGAUUUGUGACCCACUCGCAUCUUGAAAGUGAUAUUGUGAACUAUGAGUGAAUCCGAAUCAUCUGAUCCUGACCGCGGUACCGCCGCGGACGCGGGAAACCUGGAUAAUGCGGAUGCGGGCGACGCUGCCGCAUUGCUGCGGCUGUUACGAGGACUGGCCAGCGGCAUGCAGCCUGCCGCUCCUGCGCUUAUCAAGUUUGACCCAGAUGACAAAGAUGCGGACAUCGAGGACUGGUGCAGGAUUAAUGAGGUUAUUGUAAAAGCCAAAAACCUCCAAGGUACCGAUUUAUUAUUACCUUUAAUGCGAGCCUUACGAGGACGAGCUGCCACUUGCCUGACAAAGAUACAACCUGAAUGCAUUAACUGGGGUAACGUAAAAGAUACCUUGAUUGCAAAAUUUUCCAAACCGAUGCUUAGUCAAGAUUAUUUUGAUCGUGUCAUUAAGUUUAAAAUGCAUGACAAGGAAAUCGCUGCAGAUGCGGCAUUGCGACUUUGGCAUUUAAUUGAGACAAUACCUAAAGUAGAAUUUAAUGACGAGGUUAUUACUGGCUUUGCUGUAUCUAUCCUGUCAAACCAUGAUCAUUCAUUACGGCGGGAGUUAAAUUCUCAUACCAUUACCUCGAAGACACAACUUUUUCGUAUUUUACGUGGAAUAUCAAUGAAGCGCCAUUCUGAGGAUAUCACUUCUUAUACUGAUAGUAAACGCCCGCGCUUGAAUCUACGCCCUACAACUUCUACUUUCCAUGGAACCUGCCUCCGUUGUGGCGAAACAGGCCACAAGAUUUACAAUUGUCCUCAAACGCGCAAUUCACAGCCUAAACCACCUGCACCCCGGUCCACGCCUACAACAAGUUCGGUGCCACCCAUACACCGUGAGGAGAAGCGGCCUGUAACAUGCUACGCGUGCGGCGAGCAAGGACAUAUUGCCAGCGUUUGCACUGCUGCCGCCGAUCUCCGUGAGACCAACCGAGUACCUAGAAAAGAGGUCAAACUGUGCGCCAAGCGGGUGGCUACUGGUGAGCUUCAUAUUGCAGAAGAAGAAUCGCCCGAGGACGUGCGUACGUCAGGAAGGCCGUGUCGGCGCGAAUAUUAAAAGAGGCUCAAUUGACCAUACCGAGACACAGUACGUGACUUUGCCGCACCGGCAGCGGAUGGCGCUAGUGUCGCAAACGUCACGUGCUAACGGAACGUCGGGGGCGACGCGUCGUUCGAGCUGGCACUCAGAAUUCGGCUGGCGCGAAGUGAACACGCCUUAUCGCGACGGAUCGUUUGUUUCGUUAUUGAUUUUUCUUAAUUUAAAUUCAGAAUUGUGUUAACGAAAUUAAACUAAACAUCUUGAUUGCCGAUCUGUGUUUUAGUUAGUUCCGAGUCAAAAUAACGCCUCUGAUAAUUAAUUUCCCGACAUAUAUAUAAUUACUGAUUAUGAUAAAUAUAUAUAUGUUUAUUUGUUAGACAAAUUAAAAAACCCUCGAAUUUCAAUAUUCGCUAGAACUUUUGAACGGCUGAACCGUUUUUCAUGAAACGUGGCUAAGAAAACUCGGGAUAAAAUUAUCUAUGACAUAAAAAAAAACUGUUCAUCCGUUUGGGAGCUACGUUGCCACAGACAGACACGUUAAACCUAUAACACCCCUCUUAAACCUAUAACACCCCUCUUCUUGCGACACGGGUUAACAAUAGAAUAACACCACUCCA